AUGAUUCCCACUAUGACCUACACGAGGAUCACCCAGCAGAGCAACGGCUCUCACGACACCAUCCUCUUCAACCGCCCCUGCCCCGCCUUCCGCUGCAACCCACGCUACUGCUCGAGAAUUCUCAAGAAAACCCUUAUGGCGGUUUCAUUUUCUCCCACCCCUCCAUCCCUCCCCACCCUAUCCCGCGAGCCCCCAUACCCCCCCUCCCUGCACUCCCCACAUCCCUCCCUCGUGCCUCUCCCCCCUCCCUGCACUCCCCACAUCCCUCCCUCGUGCCUCUCCCCCCUCCGUGCACUCCCCACAUCCCUCCCUCGUGCCUCUCCCCCCUCCCUGCACUCCCCACAUCCCUCCCUCGUGCCUCUCCCCCCUCCGUGCACUCCCCACAUCCCUCCCUCGUGCCUCUCCCCCCUCCCUGCACUCCCCACAUCCCUCCCUUGUGCCUCUCCCCCGUUCGUGCAGCAGGGCAACAACACCGUCAUUCGCAUCCGAUAUGGACCCCUCCCCGCGCCUCGCUCCCCCUGUUCCCCUCACCCUCCACCCGUUCCUCCCCCAUACCUGCGCAACUUCACAGUGCCCCUCGUCGCCACUACCAUCACCCCGUUCUUCUCCUCCCACCGCCCCCUCGACCUUGUCUUCUACCUCGUGCUCUCCACUCGCAUUCCCUCCAUUGCUCCGUUCACCCCCACUGUGACGAAUAUUUUGGGAUCCGUCUUCGCCUCGCCGCUCGCCUUCUUCCACCGCAACCCCACUGUUCAGCACUGGCCGCGUGCCGAACAGCUUCACCCUUCUGCCUGUACGUGGCGGCGGUGGCUUCGGGCGUGCAUUGCUGUGCCGUGGUCGCUCAUCUCCAUGCUGCUGCUGCGGACCCUGCGGGAUCUGUAUGUGUGCACCGCGAUGGAGGUCCUUGGGAUGGAAUGCACCACACGCUCCGUGCUGCUCGCUUGCUUCCUCUCCACCAUGGAUGUGUGUGCAUGCAAGACCUACUUCAGGCCUCCAGCAUGA